UUGAGGCAGCGGGGGUUUGAUUCCUGGUGAAGGAGAGAAAUGAAGGAAAUGAGGGAGUGGCAGAAAUCCGGAGAAAGAGAAGAAGUAGUCCAUCUGGCCAGGAGCAUCAGAGCAAGACGCUGAGCUCGUGCUGAAAGGAGGAGCAGGAUUCAGGAACUCCUGAGAUGAAGGCACCUGAUGCUGGAGCUACUCAAAAAGAGAAGAAGAAGAAGUUAUGAGCAUCACGGUUACUUUUUUUGCCCCUCUGCGUGCUGCGUGAUUUCAUCUCAGGAAGGACACAGUAAUGAUAUUAUGAAAUCCGUCCAUGACUAAGAUGGAAAGCCCAUUUUCCAGCAUGAUCUGACCACACGUUCAUGCCCCAUUUGUUUCUGGACAGGAAGGGACCAUGGCAGCAUUGGGGUGCCUAAACGUGACCAACGCGACGAGUGGCAGUGUGCCGUACCCGCUGCAGGUGUCUCUGGUGGUGCUCGUAGUGCUGCUCAUCCUCCUCACGGUGUCCGGGAACGUGCUGGUGGUCAUCGCCGUGUUCACGAGUAGAGCCUUGAAGGCUCCGCAGAACCUGUUUCUGGUUUCUUUGGCGUCGGCUGACAUUUUGGUGGCGACGCUGGUCAUACCGUUCUCGCUGGCCAACGAGCUGAUGGGUUACUGGUAUUUUGGGCAAGCGUGGUGCGAGGUGUACCUGGCGCUGGACGUGUUGUUCUGCACUGCCUCCAUCGCACACCUGUGCGCCAUCAGCUUGGACCGCUACUGGUCCAUCACGCAAGCCGUGGAGUACAACCUGAAGCGCACGCCGCGCCGCAUCAAGUGCAUCAUCCUCGUUGUGUGGGUCAUCGCUGCAGUCAUUUCCUUCCCGCCACUCAUCACCAUGGUGAAGGAGACACACCAAGAGGUGGGGCGUCCACUGUGCAAGAUCAACGAGGACAAGUGGUACAUCAUCUCGUCCUCCAUCGGCUCAUUCUUCCUGCCCUGCAUCAUCAUGGUGCUCGUUUACAUCCGCAUCUACCAGAUCGCCAAGAGCAGGACCAGAGGAACAGGAAGAAAAGAAGAGGAAGAACGGAGGAAGAACAAUAACAAAAAGGAACAGAAUGGCGACGGGCAAUGCCACGAGAAGCUUAACGGCAACCCGGACGACAAGGACAAAGACGACGUCAACGGUGUGGACAUGGACGAGUCGUCCUCGUCCGACCACAAGAACGACAACGCUUGCUCCAACAAGAAGAAGCGAGCCAAAGGCAAGACCAGGCUGAGCCAGAUCAAACCCGGGGACGAGACGGGCAAGCGGUCGACGCGACAGAGCGUCAAUCGCGGCCGCUGGAAGGGCCGCCAGAACCGCGAGAAGCGCUUCACCUUCGUCUUGGCCGUCGUCGUUGGCGUCUUCGUCAUCUGCUGGUUUCCUUUCUUCUUCACGUACACGCUGAUGGCACUCUGCGACUCGUGCUGCAUUCCCACCACGCUCUUCAAGUUCUUCUUCUGGUUCGGCUACUGCAACAGCUCACUCAACCCCAUCAUCUACACCAUCUUCAACCACGACUUCAGGAGGGCUUUCAAAAAGAUCCUGUGCCGAGUAGAACGCAGGCUCAUGUGAAUCAGACGAUACAUUGGUGUAUUAUUAGUCAUCUCUUCUACAGCGAUGCAGGGUCAGCGUGUCAUUCAGAACUAUAACCUGUUCCGAUUCCUGACCUGUAUUACAGCCAGUACCGAACAUGACGACAUCCACGCUUCGCUUACACAAUCUACACCAUCACCGACGAGGACGAGAAGAUGAUCUUGUGCCAAGCACAGGGCGGGAGGGUCGUGCGAACUGGACACUGCCUCUUCAGUGUUGGAGCUGACGUUGCUCUUUAACGCCAAUGUGGGAUUCACUUCCCUGAUUGAACUUUAACCUACAAUCCAUUAAGACAAGACAAACAAGGGGUCACGUCAGUGUAAGACAAGCAACUUCCCAGCCAUUUUGUUUUUACAGCUUGUACAGGACAUCAUAGACUGCAAUUUAACGAUGCCACAUUAGUCUGAUUUAUUGCGAGGUAACCAGCCAGAGGGGAAGUGUGUACAGUAAACAGUAAUACACGUCGUGCUGUUGAAAUAUUGGCUCUCGAUUCGACACCUGCUUUUGUAUUAUACAUCAAUAGAGUGAUAAGAAGUAAGUGCACUCUGGUGCUUUGCUCUGUAAAUAUCACAAAUCACACAGUGGGAACCUGCAAGCAAGGCACACACUUCCACACUGGUCACUCUCAUUAGUACGAAUGUCGUGUGUGUGUGUGUGUGUGUGUGUGUGUGUGGGGUGGUGUUAAAUACGCACAUCAUGGAUGGUGAUACCGUAGUAUUUUGCCCUCUGGGGAAGAUCAGAAAAUGUGACAAAAGAUGUGAAAAUGAAUUUCACUCCUUACCACUUUGAUGUUAAAGACUCAGUGAAAAUGUGACGAAUAAAAACCACGGAGAAAGAAAA